AUGGCGGGAACGGCUGGCCGCCAAGGCCGCGCCCUGCCCGUGGCCGGGGUUCACGCCCCGUGUGCUGCCCGGGGCCUGGUUGACGGCGGGUGCAGAGGUCUGCCAGGGUCAGGAGCAGGACUGUGGCACGAGCCACAGUUCUGUGCGCUGAGGGCUGCUGUAAAAGGGGGCACAGCACCUGCCCUGAGGGCUGAGAAGGGGACACCAGGCCAGCUGACACCCUCCACCAUUGCCCAGAAGUCCAGGGAAGGCUCUGCUGCAGCCAAGGCCAAAGGAGAAGGCCCGGGCGCGGGCGGGCGCGCGCUCUCAGAGGGCGCCCGGCCGCCGCCGUCGCCUCCCCGUCCGCGUUCCCCACCCCCCCCCCACCCCGCCCCGGUGCCCGGUGCACGCGCCCCCCCCGCGGACGCCCGCCCCGCCCCUGAGCGCGGGGCCCCGGGCGGCAAGGGGAAGUGUCAGUCCAAGCGCGGCGAGCGAGGCCACUCACCGGCCCCCCGCGGCCCCCCGCGCCCCGGCCGCGCCGCCGCAGCGCCCCAGAGAGAGAGCCCCGAAGGGGACAGCUUCGCGGUGUCCGCGUACGCGAGUGGCCACAAAGGCGCGGAGGAGGCAGAGCGGCGCGUCGGCGGCAAGCAGGAGCUGCUCAGCGGGGACCUGCCGGAGGGACCUUCCUGGGAGGACCAGUGUCCCCUAGAGGUGGCAGCCACCCCUGAGAGAGCCGAGGCCCGAGGCAGCACAGGACAGCUCUUUGGCGUGCUUGAUGGAGAGAAAGCAGCAAGGCGCGAGGGCCCACGAGGGCUGGGCAAGAGGCACCUGAACAUCGAUGUGCUCCAGGGCGACGUCUCGGUGAAGGAGGACAACCAUCAGGAGUGGACGUUCACAUUCUAUGGUUUCGACAACAAUGGCAUAGCCACCAGAGAGGACGUGUCCAGCCUGAUGCACACCAUCUGGGAGGCCGUCAACGCCUCCGUCAGCCACUCCUCUGGCAGCAGCAGGACGCUCCGUGUGAAACUGACCAUCAGCCCCGAGUCCUCCAGCAAGAGAAAGGAGAGCCCUCCCCCAGGCCAAGACCGGGAGCCCACUCACUGCGGGACGGAGGGCGAGCUCAGCGAGGACCCCCGGGGGGCCGACAAGAGGCUGUCGGCACAUGUCAGGAGGCCGGGCGCCGACCCCCACCCCUGCCGUGCACGGGGCCCGUGCCGCGUGGACGAGAACACGGAGCGGAGGAACCACUACCUGGACGUGGCCGGAAUCGAGAACUACACGUCUAAGUUCGGACCUGGAUCCCCGCCGGCGCCAGCCAAGCAGGAGCAUCAGGGCAAGGCCGUGCACCCCCGGAGCAGGUCCCACUCGCAGGAGGCGGACGCACACGAUGCGCACCACCGCAGGUCUCAGCCGCUGGCCGACCACCCCCCGCCGGCUGCAGACCCCGCCAGGGCCCUGGAUGCGCAGCCCCGCCUGAAGGGGCAGGACAAGCAGCCUCUGAGGUCCCCCAAGGGCUCAGGGAGGCCACCUGGGGCGCCCGGCGGAGGCAAGCCCGGGAGAGCCUCCGGCCCCCGCCCCCCAGGACGGCCAGCCCCCCCCCCCCAGCCCCCGCCGCAGCCCUACGGCCACAAGUGCUACCGGCAGAGGGGCAGGGAGGGCCACUCGCCCCCCAAGGCGGUGCUGGAGCACGAGGGGGUGCGGGGCCCGCCGCCCCCGCUGGUGGGGGAGGGCUGUGCGGUGCCCGCGGUCCAGCGCCACGAGCACCACCACCGCCACGAGCACCACCACCCAUCCUAGUGCCAACCGUGCACACCGGCCCCGGCGUGGGCUCCGCGGAGGUGGCGCCGAUGGACCUGGUGGGGAGGGCCUCCUUGGCCCCCCGCCUCCCCGCGCCGUGCUGCCCACAGAGGCCGUGUCCGCACGAACACGUGGGACGCCACUGGCGUCUCAGCUUUGAAGCUACUCCGCGUGCCCCGUAGACACCCUCCGUGGGUGGAGAAACAUAGCCGGUAUCUGCUCUUGUUUGUGAUUCCAGACGGGGCCCCUGUGGUGCUGAAGGGGCUCCGCUCGGACGCCACACGUCCGGUGUGGGCUCCCUGUUACGUGGCCCUUGCUGUAAUCUGUUCACGAGGAAGUCCAAAGGGGGCAGCGGCAGGGGGGUGGCCGCGCAGGACGGGGCGUUGUCAGGAAACGCGGCGGCGGGGUGGGGAGGCCAGGCAGGGCCGAGGGGCUGCAGGAGGGGCCUCCGGCAUCUCCGCGGACACAGACGUGGACGGCAGGCCGGCCCCUCGUGCUUGGUGGACGCAGACCCGAAGCGGCGUGGCGGCAGACCCGGCCUCCGCCAAGUCCCCCUCUGGGAAGGCAUGAUCCCCAUUCCCUCUGGGCGUCGGGAGAAGGGCUGUGGGCCAGCAGGAAGUCUCACCCCGCCCCAGCGCUCCCACCGAGGCAGGAAGUUACUGCUCCUUUGUUCUGGAGAGGCACGCCGACUCCCGGCAGCUUGCGUGUCUGUGUGGGUGGCUUUCACUGGCCUUCGUGGCACCGCUGUUGAGGACGAAGCGUUAGUGGUCGACGCGUGAGGUCCCCCCUCAGGCACAAUGAAAGCGUGUGCAUUUGCAACGCGUCGGGCCCGGUUUGCAAUCAAGAUCUUCCGGUAGAUACGGGCAGACCGCCGCCCCAGGCGGCGCGAGGCUACAGGUGUGCGGAGCCGGCGGGCCCAGGGCGCGUCCCCCGCGUGCACGGGUAGAGGGAAAACUGACGCACGUGCAGGCACACGCGCCUCUGUCUUUGCGGGGUUUCCUCCCCGUGUUUCUGCUCUAAAGUUCGAACACGUAAGCAACCCGAAAACCUACGUCCCCAGCUUGGCUCGUGAUAACGGGACACUUGGUACCACGUCUGGGGCUGUGAGGACCAGGGUUCAAGUGGAGACGGUGGCUCUCUGUACACAGGGAUCUGUUUGGAGGGGUCGGGAUAACAUCUGCCCCUGUCUGCUCUUCAGGACGUCCUCCUGGGUCGUGGCUGUUGUAAAGUCUGCAGGGAUUCUGGAGGAUCUGGCGUCUUCCCUGGGGCCCACGUCCCACUCCCCGCCCCCGGGAGACCCCCAAGCCACCCCUGCCCCUGGGGCAGCCCCCACCCCCCCCCCCCACCAGGGGACCAUUGCCCUGCUUUGUUUCCUCUUUUCUGCCCAAAACUUACACAUUUGUCUGUACUCGGGGAGACCUGUGUGUCUGUGCCAGCCUGCUCGCCUCACCCACACCUGCUGCCCGGGACCUCAUAUGCUUCUGCUCCACGGGCUCCUGGAGGGCCCACGCCUCAUCCUCGGUGCCAGGCACGUCACCAACACACCAGAGAAGCCCAGUGAACACUGGAGGGCAGCCCGCAAGCCCCCUGUGGCGUGGGCGUGACCUGCCAUGGGAAGUGUCAGGAGGAGGCCAGCGGGACGGUGGGCCCAGAGGUCCAGCAAAGGCGGAAGGUCCGGGCACUUUCUGAUGGUCCGGAACGCAGGUGGGCACUGGGGGCCUCACCCACCCUUCCCCACCAAGCACCCUGCUGCGUGCGUCCGGGAGGGGUCUGAGCCCAGCGGACCGGACAGCCCCCAGAACGGGGGAGAGGGGGUCCAGGCAGGGAGGCCUCUUGAGGCGAUGUCCCCGCACAAUGCAGAGCCGAUGGCCAGCAAGCCAGGAACUGGAGAGUCCCCUGGUCUAGUUAGAGUGUCUGCAAACGAACAGGAAAACAGCCCAGCCCACAUCCGAGACAGGGAAUGUGUGUGACCAGUGCCUCGGAGCAGCAGGGCAAAGAACAGAAGCAAAGGUACUGUCCGAACAGCACACCCGCUAGGAUUCCCCACAGGCGGCACCGAGUAAAACCCAGAAGCGUCUUCAGAUGCCUGAGAGUAAGAUUAGCCCAGCCUCUAGACACAAGUCGAGGUCAAAAAGCAAUUUUAUUUCCACAG